AAGUAUUACCCACAGUGCACUGGGCCGCCCUGAGAGCGCGCAGUGCACUGGUUGUUGUUGUUAACGAGGAGGACGACACGGAAGAGACACGGUUGCCUACUGAAUAAGGGCUAAUGAGUGCAGAAAUAUCGCGGCUCCCUUGACCUCCAUACCCGCUGCUAGCCUCCUGUUCAACAUCCCGUUACGAGUUGGACCAGCGAUAUGGCUCCAUAUAACCUACUGACGGCCACCGCUAGCCUCGUGGCUAGGUCAUUCAGUGCAUUCUACACAAACACGCCUGCAAGGUGCACCAGCAUCGUCUACAACGCACACAUCUUCCCGGUGAAAUACUUGACCUCGCAGACCAGCGGCCCACCAAAGAGACCUCUAAACGGAUACAUGAGAUACGUCCUGCAGCAGAAACCAUUCGUGACAAGUCAGAAUCCAGAAAUCAAGUUAGUAGAUGUUGUCAGGAAGAUCGCCCAGCAGUGGAGAAUGAUGAGCCCAGAGGAGAAACAGCCUUUUCAGGAGGCAUCCGUCCAGGCCAUGAAGCAGUUCAAGAUGGACCUGGAGAAAUAUCAAUCCCAGCUGACUCCAGCACAGCUCCAGCAGCAAGCUGUGGAAAGAAGACAGAGGCUCGCUAAAAGAAAGGCCAUUCGAAAGAAGCGGGAGCUGACCAUCCUUGGCAAACCCAAACGGCCUCGAACUCCUUUCAACAUCUUUAUGUCAGAGCACUUUCAGGAGGCCAGAGGAGCCACGACCCAGGCCAAAAUGAAGUCUCUGUUGGAUGAUUGGAGGAAUCUGUUCAGUCAUCAGAAGCAGAUCUACGUCCAGCUGGCUGAAGAUGACAAAAUCCGUUACAAGAAUGAGAUGAAGUCAUGGGAGGACCACAUGGUGGAUAUUGGACGAGUGGACCUGAUCCGGGAACAGACCCAGCCCACAAAGAAAAAGCCUCCAGCUGUAAAGAAACAAGCAAAGAAGAGUUCUGCUAAAUCAGUGAAGAAGACCAGUCCUAAACGGAAGUCAAAAACAUCCAGCAAGACAAAACUCAGUAGUUCAGCCAAAACUGUCAAAGCAGGAUCUUCCAAAAAAGCCUAAGAUGUGAUUUUGAGUCCAGGCAAACGACUGAAAGUAGCUCUCAUGGUUCACCAUUUAUUUAGCCUUGUUUUGUUCUUUUGACAGUGAAACUGACUCCCGUCUUCACAUAGUCUUGUUUUUCUAUAGGGAAAUCUCUAACAAAUAAAGCUUAACUUUCAUAAGUCUAUUUUUACAUAAUGUGAGCUCAUUAUUUCUGUUGCUGCAUUUAUAAACGAUCCAGUCUGAAGUAUGUUUUUUAUUUGUUGGUACAUUAAGAUCCAUGUUUUCUUUGAGAUGCACAUCUGUGUGUUGCAAAGGCUGUUCAUUUGGGUUUUUUCUUUUAAACAGUCGUCUGUUUUCAGUCUCCGUCCAUAAACCAAUCCUUUGAAUUUCAGUAUUACUGGGAGGACUGACUGUGGAUAACAAAUCAUGUAAUUCUUGUUACAAAAAAAGAAAAAACAUCAAAACCAA